CUCCUUAUUGCUAUAAACAUCAAUUCUGGUUCUAUUCAAACCGAGUCGAAAAGAAAAACGAAGGGCGAAAAGUAAAAGGCAAAGGUAGACGGUUCCGUCAGAUUCAAGUCAAGUUGUUCUGAGUUUACUGUACCCGUCGAACUGGACCAACCGGGCAACUACCUUCUGCAUCUGAGUCCAUAGAAGCCAAGUUCUCCGUGCGGCUUGCCAUUCCUACACCACCAUGGCCGACUCUUCUUCCAAAGAAGAAGAACUGGCCCAGAUGGUAAAGAAGAUCGGCACCUAUCUAACACUCAAGAUGUCAAGCCUCCUUCGCGUCUCUGCACAUGACUGGAGUGCUCAUUCCAUUGGAGCUAUUGUCGGUUUAGCUGUAACUGUGGUCUUUAUGUGGAAAUUAUUGAGGACCCCCAGUGGACAACACAGAGGGCGACACCAUCUACAAGGUUCUAUGUCAGGUACUGCUGGAGUUGGCCCAUCAAAUGAGUCAAUACUGACAUCCAGGUUAACCUCAUCUUUGGAUAACCCAGAGACACAGGAUGCAAUAAGUGACUUCUUUCAACCAGCAAAGUUAACUCUUGGGCAUAUAGUGAGGCAAAGACUAAGUGAAGGUAGAAAGGUCACAUGCCGAUUACUUGGUGUGGUGCUUGAGGAGAAUGAUCCAGAAGAGCUCCAGAUACAUGCAACAAUCAGGAAAUCUGUUUUGGAAGUGUUGGUUGAAGUUGCCAAAAUCUGUGAUCUGUAUCUUAUGGAGAGAAUUGUGGAUGAUGAAAGUGGGGAAAGAGUUCUCAAGGCUUUGGAGGAUGCUGGUGCUUUUGGUUCUGGGGGACUGAUCAAAGAUAAGGUUCUAUUCUGUAGCACAGAAAAUGGAAGGACAUCUUUUGUUCGCCAACUUGAACCGGACUGGCAUAUCGACUCAAAUCUUGAUAUUAUCUCCCAGUUGGCUCGUUUCAUCAGAUAUGAGCUUUUCAUCUCUCCAUCUGGGGCUGCACAUAUAGCUCCUAACGUGUUUACCUCAGUGAGCUUGGAGCAAUUUUUUGGCUCUCCAAGAAGAAAUUAACUCAUAGAUACCCGAAUUGAAGAUGUCUACAACUGCAUGGAGCUUCAGAAAGAAAGGAUGCACACAACCAUGUCGUGAGAAAUUUUCACAUCAACAGCAUUUGUCAUGAUAAGUUUUCAAGGUCUUGAAUAUGGAGUUGAUAAACUGAUUUGACUAAGGAUUAUUCUUGAAGCUGGUCUUGCGCACUCUUUCAGGACUGUGAGAAUUGGCAAAGCGUAGUGGUUGUAUUAUUUUUUUUUCUACUUUUCUCGCUUCUGGUUGCUGUUGAACCUUAAUUCUCGGAGAAAACUUGAUAAACAAACACAUUUUUGCAUUUUUUGCAGCAUGUAAUAUGAAAUUCAAAUAUACUUAUGUGAAUAUCGUAGAUCUGACCUGAAGAGAAGCAUGUAGCUUCAUGUUCCAGUAAUCCUUUACUAUUAACAUUAUUUAUAGUUAUCUACUCUGCAGUUAAUGUUUUCUUUA